AUGUGGGAUAUCGAUGGUAAUGAGUACAUUGACUAUGUAGGAUCGUGGGGGUCGGCCAUAAUUUGUCAUGUAGAUGAUGAGGUACUUGCUGCCUUGGCCGAAACAAUGAAGAAAGGAACUAGCUUUGGUGCUCCUUGUCUUUUAGAAAAUAUCGUAGCAGAAAUGGUAAUCUCUGUUGUUCCAAGCAUAGAAAUGGUUCGGUUUGUCAACUCUGGUACAGAAGCAUGCAUGGGCUUAUUAAGACUGGCUUGUGCAUUCACUGGCCGUGAAAAGAUAAUCAAGUUUGAGGGUUGCUACCACGGCCAUGCUGAUCCAUUCCUUGUUAAGGCAGGCAGUGGAGUUUCUCCUUUGGGGCUACCUGACUCCCCUGGAGAUGAUGAUUUUAUUCCACCGAUGCCUGAGUUUUUAAAUGCCCUCCGUAGGAUCACCAAAGAUAACGGAGUAUUUCGGCAUAAUUCCCGACUUGACACACUUCGGAAAAUUAUUGGUGGUGGUCUACCAGUUGGUGCAUAUGGAGGAAAGCGGGAGAUUAUGGAGAUGGCUGCUCCAGCCGGACCAAUGUAUCAAGCAGGGAUCCUAAGUGGAAACCCAUUGGCAAUGACUUUUGGUAUCCACACACUUAAGCGGCUCAAACAACCCGAGACAUACGACCACUUAAACACGAUCUCGAGCAAACUUAUUCAGGGCAUUGUGGAUGCUAGAAAGAAGGUUGGGCAUGCCAUUUGCGGUGGGUAUAUAAGUGGGAUGUUUGGCUUCUUUUUCACAGAAAGCCCUUUUUAUAACUUUGAGGAUUCAAAGAAGAGUGAUAAUGCAAAGUUUGCUAGGUUUUACAGAUGA